GGGGGGAUAGAGAAGUUGUAGGGCUGCUGCUGCUGCUUCACGGAGGGGGAGCUUACAGGCGGCGGCGGCGGCGGACAGACGGCGAGACGCAGGCGGAGAGCUGAGAGCAGAAGAGACGGUCUCGGGAUUGGAGCUUAUUUUCUUCAGCGCGGGGGAGAAACAUGAGUUGGGGAACGGAUUUGUGGGACCAGUUCGAAAACCUCGACAAGCACACACAAUGGGGCAUCGACUUCCUGGAGCGCUACGCAAAGUUCGUCAAGGAGCGGCUGGAGAUAGAGCAGACCUAUGCAAAACAGCUGCGGAACCUGGUGAAGAAGUACUGCCCUAAGCGCUCCAAAGACGAUGAGCCUCGGUUCACGUCUUGCCUGUCGUUCUACUCGAUACUGAAUGAGCUGAAUGACUACGCGGGUCAGAGAGAGGUCGUUGCUGAGGAGAUGGGUCACAGGGUGUACGGGGAGCUGAUGAGAUACUCACAGGACCUGAAGGCUGAGAGGAAACAUCAUCUUCAGGAGGGGAGGAAAGCACAGCAGUAUUUGGACCAGUGCUGGAAACAAAUGGACAAUAGCAAGAAAAAGUUUGAGAGGGAAUGCAGAGAAGCAGAGAAAUCGCAGAUCAUGUUCGAGAGGCUGGACAACGACAUCAACGCCACAAAAUCAGAGGUGGAAAAGGCUAAGUCUCAGCUGUAUCUGAGGACCCACAUGGCAGACGAGAGUAAGAACGAAUACGCCGCUCAGCUCCAGAACUUUAACGCCGAACAGUGGAAGCACUUCAACACGGCGAUCCCACUGAUAUUUAAGAAUCUGCAGGACAUGGAUGAGCGGCGUACAGUGAAGCUGGGGGAGACGUACCGGAGCUUUGCUGAGGUGGAGAGAAAAGUCAUUCCUAUCAUUUCCAAGUGUCUGGAGGGCAUGGUGACGGCUGCCAAGAAUGUGGAUGAGCGCAGGGAUUCAGGAAUUGUAGUAGAGUCGUUUAAAUCCGGUUUCGAGCCCCCCGGUGAUUUCCCCUUCGAGGACUUCAGUCAGAACAUCCAGCGCACCGGAUCCGACGGCACCAUAGGAACCCCGAAAAACGACCCGGGAAAACCGGACCCCAAACACGCCAUCGGAAAAGCCAAGAACAAACUGUGGCUCUUCGGUAAAAAACCCAAAUUUCCUCCAUCCAUUCCUCCCCCACCCCUCCCCAGUUUCCCCAAUGCCCAUUUCCAGUCUCCUAAGUUCCCCACUCAGAGGAUAGCUCAGUGUCUGAAUGAUAUGCGAACGGUAAAGUCCAAAAUCCCGUCUUUCCGGGGUCUGAGGAGAGGGUGGUCGGUGAAGAUGGCCCCAAACCUCGAGGAUCUGAGCCACCUCCCUCCCGAACAGAGACGCAAGAAACUGCAGCAGAGGAUCGACGAGCUCAACAGAGAACUUCAGAAAGAAAUGGACCAAAGAGAUGCGCUCAACAAAAUGAAGGACGUGUACGAGAAGAACCCUCAGAUGGGCGACCCCGGGAGUCUCCAGCCCAAGAUUUCAGAGACCAUAUGCAACAUGGAGAAGCUGCGCUCUGAGAUCCACAAAAAUGAGACAUGGUUGGCUGAAGUAGAGGGGGGUAAGCAGAGUACCCGUAGUGAUCGGAGGCCCAGCACAGACGUGAAUCAUCACGCUCCUCACGGCAGAGAGAGUCCUGAGGGCAGCUACACAGACGAUCACAGUCAGGAGCACCGGACCCCCCCUCAGCCCGACCCACACGAGUUUGAUGAUGAGUUUGAUGAUGAUGAUCCUCUUCCUGCUAUCGGACACUGCAAAGCUCUCUACUCUUUUGAUGGCUCUAACGAGGGCACGCUGGUGAUGAAGGAGGACGAGGUGCUGUAUGUGAUAGAGGAGGAUAAGGGGGACGGCUGGACGCGAGUGCGUAAGCAGAGCGGGGUGGAGGGAUACGUGCCCACCUCUUACGUGGAGAUCACACUGGAGAAACACAGUAAAGGUGCGGUCACCUACAUUUGAUGCUCCGCGGCACGGCGGCCGGGUAAAGACUGCAUGAAUGGGAACACGGGCUGGUCAGAACCCACUCUGCUAGCCUGAAUGCUACACUGUUCACUGUGUGAGCCCACGGACAGACGUAUAUACAUACAGUACACAUGUGCAUGCAGAUACACACACUUUUACAUAGGUUCUUGAGUUUUGGACCUCAGUGGAAAGUCAGUCGUCUCCUUAUUACCGUUUUUUAAAUGCGUUUUUAAUGUUUGUAAUGUUUUAAAGUAUCGAGCACACUGUUCUUAAUCUAUUGCAUGCUGUUUCUUUAAGGAAAGUUUGAGCAAAGCUGAUCAAAUUUUCAUCUAUUCACAUUUUCUUUGUAAUUAUCUAUAUUCGUGUGUGUGCUUAUACGCUCUGCAACUUGUUUUUUUUUCUCUGACAUUUUUAUUUCCAAUACUGCAGUUGGAUAAAGCUAAUUUAAAUACCUGUAGUGUUUCUGUUCACUGAUGAAUGAUCGUCACCCACCGUUCACUCGUUUAUCCUCUAUAAAAGAAGUAUUGGUUCAAAAUCUGCAUUGCAGCAGAUCUUCGCUAGGUGGCAGUGUUGGAUGAGAAGUUUGAGACUAUACAGCUCUGGAAAAAAAAUUAAGAGAGCACUUCAGUUUCUGAAUCAGUUUCUCUGAUUUUGCUAUUUAUAGGUUUAUGUUUGAGUAAAAUGAACAUUGUUGUUUUAUUCUAUAAACUACUGAAAUAACAUUUCUCCCAAAUUCCAAAUAAAAAUAGUCGUUUAGAGCAUUUAUUUGCAGAUCUUUCAGACCUCAAAUAAAUGCAAAUAAAACAAGUUCAUAUUCAUAAAGUUUUAAGAGUUCAGAAAUCAAUAUUUGGUGGAAUAAACCUGAUCUUUAAUCACAGUUUUCAUGCAUUUUGGCAUCAUGUUCUCCUCCACCAGUCUUACACACUGCUUUUGGGUAACUUUAUGCUACUCACUCCUGGUGCAAAAAUUCAAGCAGUUCAGUUUGGUUUGAUGAUUUGUGAUCAUCCAUCUUCCUCUUGAUUAUAUUCCAGAGGUUUUUAAUUUGGCAAAAUCAAAGAAACUCAUAAUUUUUAAGUGCUCUCUUAUUUUCUGUUAUUCCAGAGCUGUAUGUUGCCUUCAGUGGUCGGGCUUAUGCAUGUUUAAAUGAGGAACACACACACACACACAUAUAUAUAUAUAUAUAUAUAUAUAUAUAUAUACAUACAGGUCAUUAAUAAGUUACUUUUUUCAGUGAUUCAGUUCAAAAUGUAAAACUCAUAAUAUAUAGAUGUAUUACACACAGAGUGAUCUAUUUUAAGCGUUUAUUUCUUUUAUUGUUGAUGAUUAUGAAGCUUACAGCCAAUCAAAACCCAAAAAUGAGUGUCUUAGAAAAUUAGAAUAUUAUAUAAGACCAAUUGGUACUUUUGGCAGUGUGGGCAGUGUGCCAAGUCCUGCUGGAAAAUGAAAUCUGCACCUACAUAAAAGUUGUCAGCAGCAGAGGGAAAACAAAACUGCACUGACUUUAGACUUGAUAAUAAAACACAGUGGAUCAACACCAGCAGAUGACAUGUCUCUCUGUGUGUAAUACAUCUAUAUAAUAUGAGUUUCCAUUUAUUUACAGUAAGCUUACCUCCAGCAGUGCUAGCUGGGGGUUAGCAGCAGACUACAAACCAGUAAUACUCACCUCUGAACGACAAAAGAGCUAGCACAGUUAGCAGCUAAUGCUAAUACUUCUCCAGUCUCGGUGAUGGAGAAACUUAACUGAAACUCCUGUAUAAAGCUGUACUUCUGUAAAGUGGCUUUACUGCUCCUUAAUACCUGACUGGUAGAAUUCAUACAUAAGGUGCACUGAUGAUGUUUUUGGGAAAAUUAAAGGAUUUUAAGUGCGCCUUAUAGUAUGAAAAACACAGUAAUGAGAAUGUGUGUCCAAACGAAUAUUACUCUUGAAGAAAUGUCCUGUAGUAAUGCAAAAAAGAUCAUGAAGUGCAGUGAUUUCCAUAGUCUUUUCCAAUGACUUCCAGUGGCAUGUCAGUGUAUAUGAUGAUGGGUGAUUCCCUGGUUUCGCUGUUUCUGCCGUUUUUUGAGUGACUGUCCUCCUCUUUCCUCUCUCUGUGGCUGCAGGUUCCUGAGUGGAUGAGUGGGGGCUCUGUGGUUGGUGUUGGUGGAGGGGACAUGCUGCUCUGGGGCUGUUAGUAGGUAGUGAAGGGGGUGUUCAGGAUAUUGGGAAGACUGACCGAGGUUGCAUGUCUUGCAUGCUUGACACUCUGUGAUUGCCAUUAACAUCAUUCCAUUGCAGCAGAGGGCUUUACAGGGGUACGUGUGGUUAAAAAAGGGGGAGGGGAGAGAAAAGAGGCAUUGUGGGAGGAGCUAUCAUAGUGGGUGGAGCUAACAGCAUGGGAGAAAAAGAAUUAAAAUAGAGGAUAAAACCCAAAGACCUCAUCUGAUUGAUGCAUUCAUUGAGCUUGACUAACUAUAACAUUCAUUCCGCCUUGUUGCAGUACGUACCAGCGUCGUCAUGGGAACAUGCGAUUGAUUGCCUGCACCAUUCCCAUUUUUCUCAAUUUGCCCAUUUUCUCAUUUUCCCAUUUUCCUGCAUUAACAUGCAUGACCCAAACUUGUUGAUUCCUCCCUCAGGACAAAGCAGGACGUAACCACUUCAGCCUGUUCACUUCUUUUAAUCCCAUCUUUUAGCCCAUGUGAUGCAUUGUCUUGCCUUGUCAUGUCUUGUCUAGUUUGCAUUAUCGAAUUUUUCUUUUCUUUUUUUUUUUUAACUUCUUUUCCAUUCCAUUUCGAACACAUUCCCAAAAGCCUAACGAAUCCGCCAUGAAUGUUUGGAAUGUUAUCUUUGUUGUCUUGUCGUCAUUAAUCCUUCAUGCCACCACUUUUGUCAUGCCUUGCCAUGCCGCUUCAUGCUUUCAUAACAGAGCAUGAACGAAUAAAUGAAACGACUGAAACAAACCACUAGAGUGAAGGCAGUAGAAGCAGGGUGGCAGGUCCUCAGCAGCCAAGGUGGCAACACACCCCCAAAAAAAAAAACACGCACCAUGUGGCAGCCCUGCUCUCUGCCUUUACUGUGAAGCAUGGUGCAGGCGUUGCUGCCUCAGACCAGCAUGAGAGCAAGGACGACUUGGCGUCAUAAACAGGAUCGCGCAACGAAAGCAAAAGCGGGAAAUCCACCGACAACCCAGAAAUUCCCUCAUCAUUCCGGCCUUCCAGCAAUCCAGCAUUCCAGCAAUCAUCUCCCUUCAUUUCUAUUCCAGCUCCACAACAAUUUCACACAUGUGCUUGAAGAACAGAACACCACGCAACGGCCUCGUAAUCAAUCAGUCUCUGAGAAACAACCCAUCCUUCUUCAGUGCGCCCGUUUCGUGAAUGUGAUUCCAUGCAUAUAUAUAUAGAUUAAAAGGAUGCGUAUGCACACGGAUUUAUAUAUGCAUACAAAUGUAUAUACUUAGUUAGUUUUUAUUACUGAACAAUACUGUAAGUAUUAACAACUUUUAUUUCAUACUGAAUGUGCGUUUAUAUUGUGUUUUUUUAUAGGGUUUUUAACCGAGCGAACAACUCUCUUUCGCUUCUAAACAAUUGUGCCGUUAUCUUUCUCUCUCUCUCUUUUUUUUCCGUAAUCAUCGCCUCUUUUUUGUUUUAUUUGUAUGUUUUUAUUUUCUUUAUUGUUUUGUCUGAACACACUACUCUGUAUCAGACCCUGGUCUUAACCAAUGCACUUUUUUUACCCUAUUGCAUUUGAAUUUGAACUUCAGUGAGUAAUUGAUGAUGAGUGAGUGAUGAUGAUGAUAAAUGAUGGGUGAUGCUGGCUCUGACUGCUACCUUUGUAUAAAUAUAUUGUACAGUAAGACAGUGGUGACCACUAUGGUCCGGGUUGUGUUUGAGCGAGAGCAAAUGAGAAAUAAAUACUAAAGUCUGUUUGUCCCAAA